ACGGUUCCGUCUCCCUUCACUUUAUCUGGUUGUUUCAUCCAAAUGGCCUCGCUAGCCGAAAGUGUAUUUGUGGGUUUAUGUAUUUCAAGUGUUAGAUGAAGAAUCAACACGACAGCGGAUGUUACUGUACACCUAACAAUAGGCAGAUAUGGAAUUUUCGUACAUUUCAUGCUUAUUGAUAUUUGUCAUACUGCUUAUAUGGAGAUACCGAGGAUGGUUGUUAUCGUUGGCAGUAGCAAAAAUUUGCCGUUGUCGUUCGGUACGUUUAGGCAGAUGCGGUUUGUUUUAUGUGGAGCAUAUUAGACUUUGCUUAAUUGGUGGUGUCGUAAUUGAAGUUGACGAUUUUCGUUUAACAAUCAGUUUCUUCAAUACACAUUAUACGAAGCCGUUCAUAAUCACGAUUAGUGAUAUCCGUAUUGAAGGUGAAUGUAAUGAACAGUUGUCCUUGUCACCAACCUGUAAGAAGCGAUACAAUCAUAAGGAUUUCGAAAGAUAUCUUCAUUGGCUACAAUACACAAGUACAAUAAUUCGUACUGCGCGUGUUGUAUUUCUUGGUGUGGCUCCCGGAUCUUUGUUGCAUUCGACCUUUCAGCAACUACAAUUUGAUGGAUAUCGAGAUCGUGAAGGGAUGCAGAUUGAACUUUCUUGUAAACUGUUGCAAGCAAAAUUGUUCAAUCGUGGAGCAGCUCAGAAUACUGCGCCUUUACUUGUACUUUCAUUAGGGUUAUCAGUUUGUUGCAACGUACCUUUGGGUGCUUUGAAAUUGAAACGACUUGUUUCCCGCAUUACUGAUCCUCAGCUUAUUCUUUCGGAUGGCCUUUUGGAAUACUUUCAUGACCAUUCAGUACAUCAGAAGACGAAAAGCACAUCAGAUCAAUUUGUUACUUCCUUUGACAUUGAAAGCCUUCUGAAUAUAAGUUUAAAUUUGGAUAUCGAAAAUCUAGUGUUGAGAUACACGGCCAAAAUGGAUUAUUCAGAAAUGCGUACCGUUGCUGCAAGGUUAAAUGUAGUAUCAGUAUCGACAGAAGAUAACCAACGAUUUGCUAUUGCUUUAACUGGGAUCAAUGUAGAUGAUCACACGCGCGAGACGUUAUUUAGUUGCAAUGAAUUCAAUGCUAAACUGAAUCGGGCACUGGAUAGUCCAGGAAGUCUGUUUGCUGAUAUGAAAAUAUUCAAUCCCUAUUUUAUCACGAAUCAGAAGGCUAUUGUUGAUUGGACCGAGUAUUAUCAUAAUAUUGGGCAGCGAAUUUCGACCUCUGCUGAAGGUCAUUUCGAUGAUGAUUUUUCAACUGCAUCUAUAGAUUUAUACGCAGUACCGACGGAAAUAAAACGGUUCUGUUGGGAAUCCUUAUCAGUAGAAGUAAGUUCAUUUCACUGCCGUUUAAUGCUCUCCAAUGGACAAGAAAUCGACGCCGGCUUGGAACUAGGGACAUUUUGCGUUAGCGAUAAUUUUGCAUCUGCUGAAAUUGGUUUAGAAUCAGUUUGGAUUCGACAAGGAAAUUUUUUCGCUAACCAUUUCGGUUCUCGUUUUUGCCAUCUUUGGGGUACCACGUUAAUUAUCGGAGCUUUAUUAACUCAGUACUUCCGAAGUAAUGAAACAAGAAGAUUGCUGGUCAAGUUGGUUGAAUGUCAAAUAGAAUAUGAGGAAGAACUCACCCGGCAGAUGGCUUCAUUCUUAUCAUCUCUUCUGUGUAGCGGCACGUCAUCACCAACAUGCAGCACAUCAUAUGCAUUUCAACCCUAUCCACCUCCUCAAGUUGUUUCUACAGUACAAAUAUCUGUAGAGAAUAUCGUCUUUUUCAUUCUGGCUCGGCAUUCAUUAUAUCUGAUUCUAUCUAUUGAACAGCUGCGUCUGGAUGCCUUGCCUACCUCAACGACAUUUUCAAUGCUUGCACUGAAUUCCAAGAUACUUCAGGGCAUCGUGACAAAUGAGAAAUUCAUUUCUUGGGAUGACUCAGCACAAAUAAAAUCGAAACAUAUUUGUGGAAGCAGUGAUCGCUUGAUGAUGCGACUUUCUCGGUUACCGUCAUCUUGGGAAUGGGUUCUGCUAGCUGAAUCACCUGUGAAUUUGGUUUGGAGCACUACUGUGCACAUCAUUUUUCUGGAAGCUUUCCGAAGCUUGAAGCAGAUUUCGAGUCUUUUUGGACAGAAAACAUCUUCUGAAGCAUCUCAGCUAUUUCAUUUCAGUAUCGAAACAUCCAGUCCUAUAAUAAUCGAAUUUCAUUUACCGCGAUCUCAUGUGAUGUGUUGGGAAGUGCCAUCGCUACACAUACGAUGCAUGGAUCACAAAAUAAUCGAAAUAUCACACUUCACUGCUUCCUUAGAUUGUCAUCCUAUCCUUACGAUUGAGAAGUUUUGUGUCGAGAAACAAGCAUUCGAUGCAGGAAUGGAUUUAGGCAGAAAUGAAUUUAAGAAUCUGAAAAACCGAACCAAUAAACUUUGGAUAUGGUCUGCCGAUGCGGUGGCAUUCGUCUUUCCAUAUGAUUAUAAUUUCGCAGCAGGUUAUGAUGAGAUAAUUAACGCGUGGAAAUGGAUAAAAUUAGUGCAUGAAUGGAAGAGAAAACCGUUUACUGCUGAAUCUCCACUUCCAUCUGAUUUACGAUUCUCAGUUAAAAGUGCUUCAUUACAAAUUAAUGAUGACCCAUUUGAAGUACAACUUCAAAAUAAUUACGAGCUGAUGGUUGAUGAAGUAUAUGAAUGCGAACGUCGACGUCAAAUGCUGAACCAGAAAUUGGAGCAGCUCCAGAAAACGCGUCCUUUUCUAUCUCAAUCAAAGGCAGAUGAAUUGCAUCGAUCAUUAAUUAAGAAAAAUGCGGAAAUUUAUAUUGAAAGGUCCAAAAAGUUGCCGAGUUCCAGAAAGCAUCUUUAUUUAUGGUCAAUUACAAAUCUUGAGAUUCGUGCAUAUGCUGAUAUGACUUUACACGGGAAAGAAAAUGUGGUUAACCAUCUGAAAACUUUCAAUGCUGAAUCGCCAUUCCCAGCUGAAGGGAUGGAAUUCAAUACACUAUGGGCACGUGCUGUUGAAAUGGAUUGUGACGAUUGGAUAAUGCAAUUCCGGGAUUAUCCGUUGCCAUAUGUCUUGAUGAAAGAUGCACAUUUUUGGGGGCAUCUAAUAGGAAGUGAACAACUCACAGGGCCACGUUCAAUACGGACAAAUACAGUAACAUUGCCACAACCUUGGGGGCAAUAUACCAUUGAGCGAAACAUGUGCCCUUUGAAAUAUUAUUAUGAUCUCUCAUGCGAGAUCAAAGAACUUAAUUGCACUUAUGGACCUUGCUGGGAACCGUGCUUAUCAAUGAUUAGUCUUUGUUGGAAUAAUGUCAGUUCGCCGUCAAGGGAUCCAAGCCCACCAUUGCCUUUUUGGGACAAAAUCCGGCUGCUUUUACACGGCCGUUUUUCUAUGCUUUGUCAAAAUUUGGUCACAUCAAUACUCGCAUCCACGGAUCCAUACAAUUCUACUGAACUGGUUGAGAUAUGCUGGAGAGAAUUUGGAUUUGACUGGAUUACAGAUCAGUUUUGUGUACAAACGGAUAUGGAUGCGUUCGUACGUACGGCAUCGAAAUAUGAUGAAAGUCGUGUUUUGCAUUUACCAGGAUUUAAAUUCAGCGUGAAGAUGGACUGGGCAUGUAUUGGGGACUCACACGAUCAUCACAGUGCUCAGCCAUGCGCUCCCGAUAAGCUUCCUGAAUACUCGUCUACGAAUUUAGAACAUGAUUCUUAUCGCGCAUUUCGUUCAACACACCUCGAUUUAGUCUUCACUUUAGAAGUGAAACAACCGGACAAUACAGUUACCAAUAGCCAUUGUCCGCAGAUUUUGCUUUAUGCCAAUAUUUUUCGAUGGCUGGAGUUCCUCAAAAAUACGAUGACAACAGUUAAUAGACCAGUAAAGCGUGGUCGACUAUUCGGUGGAGACAAAACUAAAAAAAGUCAACUCAGUCGACAUUUAAAGCACAUUCAACUAAAUGUUACACUUCCACGUUUUCUGAUCACUUAUUGGAUGUCGUACUCUUCAUCGCAUGGUCUGCGGAUGAUUAGUGAAAGUUUACAUUUAACCUCAUCGUUAGAACUUCACAUUUUGCAAAAUGGCGAGCAAAAGGAUGGAGUCAGCAGACGACGAAUUGCUAAAUGGUCAGUUUUAUACGUUUCAGCACAGCUUUUAAAUGCACAGAUUCAUCUUUUUGGCGCUAAUUCACAAAACUUUGCUACUCCAAUUGAUGACAAUUCGUUUUUUAUUGGAUUGGAUCGGUUGUCUUACACACGAGAGGCGCGAUCUAAGAAUGACACUAAUUCUUCCAGUAACAAGAAGAUCAAAUUGUUGGAAAGUGAUGAAGCGGUGCACCGGCUUACAAUUCAUGAUCUGCGUGCUUCAUGGACUCCGGAAAAUCGUGAUACGUGCUUAGCCAUUGCAGAUGGGGUUCAUAAAGCCCAUAUUUUACGACGUAUUUUAGGAACAGAUGCCCUGAAGACACCAAGUUUUACGAAAUCGGGAGUUCUGCCGCCACCUUCAGCUGCUUUAAAUGGUGUGAAUAUGGCGAAGUCAACCGUCUCAAGAUUGCAGUCUGAUUCUGAAAAAGCAACAAAUCAAUCACGAUAUGGUUCUGAUAGACGGGUAACAGAGGAAAAUGAUAUGUUGCAGCGAUUAAUUGACGAAGCGAGUACGAAACUUGUCGCUUACGAUGAAGAAACAACUGACAUUCCUUCGGAUAUGUUACAAGGAAUUGCACUGUGUACAGCUGAUGAUGUAGUGCUGAUCAACUGGCAAAUUGAUCUUAUUAAUAGCCAAGCCGUUUUACGCGGAAAAGAAAAGGAUGGAUUUGUUCUACUAACAGCUGCUCGUGCAUCUGUAACGCAGCGCAUCUAUGCAUUAGUUUGGAAAAAAUCACAGUUGUUGAGUAAGAAGUCAUGGUGUGCAACACUUUCCGGAAUGCAGUAUUUCGCACCUCUGGUAAUGUCUCAGCAUCUCAACCCAUCAAGUUCUCCUUCGGAAUCAAUUCCACAAGGACUCCACUGGUUAAAUCGGGAUAUCAUUGAAGAAAAAACGUGUAGUGAUCCUAAUAUCAGUGAUCGCUUGAAUCCUUAUAUCAGCACUGGAGAAGCUGUGGGUGGUGUAGUUGUUGAUCAUGGUAAUGUGGCACAAACUGAGGGAAAACUACAGCUACAACGAGUUGUUUCGAGAUGUAGCUGUCAAAUGUAUUUUUGCUAUUUUUCAGAUACAUUGGAUCUUGAUAUGCAUGACAUUCCUUAUUCGGUCAGCACGAAUCCCGAACAGUACCAGAUGGUGAUGAACAUUAUAAACCAAUUGGUUUUAUUUGUGGAUCCACGAAAGAAAGAAAGUGAUCGUCGGCGACAGCGACUGCGUUUUGAGUUGCAGCUUAAAGAUGUUGAUGAAGUGAAAUCGGCUAUUUUUUCCAUGCAGGCAGAACUACGAGAUGUUAUUGCGGUAAUCCGUUCAUUGGAAAGACGUUUAUUUUUCCUGAACAGGCAGUUGCAGGAGUCUGGCAAUGAUACUGCGAUAUUGGAGGCCAACAAAACUGUAACAGCAGAAAUCGAUGAAAUGAAAAAAAAUCAGAUUGUUCUAUGUGAUGAAUUGGCAAUGACUAUUAGUUGUUAUAAGGAAAAACAAGUGGAAAGGAUGCGACAACUGGUUAAUGCUGCUGAAGAAGAGCAAGCCGCUGUGGCUAGAAGAUUUGAAGUUUGCUUUGAAGAUUGUAUUUGGAGGCUUACAGAAAGUGACGGACAAAUUGCGCUUGCAGAAAUGCAAAUACGGAAUUUUCUGUAUACACGUACGGCGCGCAUAGAUAAUUCUGGUGAACAUUUGUUAGAAAUUGGAACUGUGCAAGUUACCAAUCUACUUCCAGAUACCCUUUACAAGCAUACCCUGCAAGCUCAAAAUACGCCACGAAGGAAAACUGAACGUCAACCAGCAUCAAUUCGUGUUGUUUGUCGAGAGAAGGCACCGGUUGGUGGGAUUUCCGUCAAGGAACAUUUCGAGAUUAAUGUUUCACCCAUGAACGCUCAAAUUACUUAUCGAUUCUUCGAGAAAAUGAUGGAGUACUUUUUUCCUGGUAGAAAUAUCGAUAAAGAAGACCAACGGAAUCUUGACACAAAUGAAGAGCAGCAAAACAAUCAAGGUGUAUCAGUUGGGCAAUGGUUACGCGGUGCGAUGAACGGUUCAUUUCGGCGAACGAAUGAUUCCAGUCACUUACGUGAUGAUAUUGAUCGCAUGAAGGAACGAGCUCAAGAAAAUAAUGUUUUCCUGUAUAUCAAAAUACCUGAAGGAAACAAAGAGAAAAACAUUGAAGAUGUCGAUCGAUUUCAGUUGGUUUUCCCGUUGUGUGAAUAUCAUGAAAAAAAUUGGACUUGGCUAGAUCUCGCUUUGGCAAUCAAGCAGCGUUGUCGACGGGUACUGCUUCAACAGUUCAUGAAGCAGAAAUUAUUGCGAAAUCGCUUAACAGGUGUAGAACAUCCAUCAAUCGAGAUAGAUGAGGAUGAGAAAAAACGGAUUGUUCUUGGGACAACUGCCGCUCCAGUAAAGGACAAGAAAAAGAAGAAAAAUAACUGA